CUAAGCACAAGCUUCAGAUCUAUGCUUUCAAGUCAUAGAAAGUUUGGGAGUAUUUGCGCUAUCCUUUUAGUCAUGCCCAUCUCUACAAGCAACAGAUUACAAGAGGAUUUUGCCAGGAAUGUGCAUAGAUCAUGAGGAACGGACAUUCCUACUGACACCUGGUUGGACAGCUGUAGACAGUGCAUUGCUGAGGAAGCAAGCUCUUGGCUGUGAUAUUCUAUUGCAGUCAUGGCUCCUAAAAAGAAGACUGUCAAAAAGAACAAAGGCGAUAUCAAUGAGAUGACUAUAAUUGUGGAGGAUGGCCCCCUAAGUAAACUAAAUGGCUUGAAUGGCUUCUUAGACGGAGGGAAUGGCUUCAGCUGCAUCUCAGCUGAGGUUUCUGAUUCUUCGUAUAGCCCAAAUCUCUUGGAAGGGCUAAGCAGAAUGAGGCAGGAAAAUUUUCUUUGUGACUUGAUUAUUGGUACCAAAACCAAAUCCUUCAAUGUUCACAAGGUGGUGAUGGCUUCAUGCAGUGACUACUUUCAUAACAUCUUAAAGAAAGACCCAUCUACUCAAAGAGUGGAUCUCCAUGAUGUAUCUCCAUUGGGUCUAGCCACCGUUAUCACCUAUGCUUACACUGGAAAGCUAACUCUUUCACUCUACACAAUAGGUAGUAUCAUUUCCACAGCAGUCUAUCUUCAGAUUCACACCCUUGUAAAAAUGUGCUCUGAUUUUUUGAUGCAAGAAAUCAAUGUUGAGAACUGUAUGUAUAUUGCCAAUAUUGCAGAGACAUAUGGACUGAAAAACACCAAGGAAGCAGCACAGAAAUUUAUUAGAGACAACUUCAUUGAGUUUUCAGAAACAGAUCAGUUCUUAAAACUUACUUUUGAUCAAAUCAAUGAACUCCUUGCAGAUGACGACUUGCAGUUGCCUUCUGAAAUUGCUGCAUUCCAGAUAGCAAUAAAAUGGCUGGAAUUUGACCAAAAAAGAGCAAAGUAUGCUGCUGAUCUCUUGGGCAACAUUCGUUUUGGUACAAUCUCUGCUCAAGACUUGGUCAAUUAUGUUCAAACUGUACCAAGAAUGAUGCAAGACACAGACUGCCACCGACUUCUAGUGGAUGCCAUGAACUACCAUUUGCUUCCAUAUAAUCAGAAUACACUGCAGUCUAGAAGAACAAGGAUUCGUGGAGGUUUCAAAGUCCUAGUUACUGUUGGAGGACGCCCAGCAUUAACAGAAAAGUCCCUUAGCAGAGACAUCUUAUACAGAGAUCCUGAUAAUGGAUGGAAGAAGCUUACUGAAAUGCCUGCUAAAAGUUUUAAUCAGUGUGUGACUAUGAUGGAUGGAUUUCUCUAUGUGGCUGGUGGUGAAGACCAGAACGAUGCCAGGAACCAGGCCAAGCAUGCUGUCAGCAAUUUCUGCAGAUAUGAUCCUCGUUUCAACACAUGGAUUCACCUGGCCAACAUGAAUCAGAAGCGCACCCAUUUUAGCCUGAAUGUAUUCAAUGGCCUCCUUUUUGCAGUGGGUGGUCGCAACUCUGAAGGGUGUCUAUCCUCAGUUGAAUGCUAUGUGCCUGCAGUUAAUCAGUGGCAAAUGAAGGCACCGCUGGAGGUAGCCAGGUGCUGCCAUGCUAGUGCAGUCAUAGAUGGUAGAAUCCUGGUCACAGGAGGUUACAUAAAUAAUGCUUACUCCCGCUCUGUGUGUAUGUAUGACCCCAGCAAUGAUAGCUGGCAGGAUAAGUCCACCCUUAGCACUCCAAGAGGAUGGCACUGUGCUGUUUCCCUUGGGGAGAGGGUCUAUGUUAUGGGUGGGUCCCAACUGGGAGGUCGGGGUGAAAGGAUUGAUGUCCUCCCUGUUGAGUGCUACAAUCCUUAUGCUGGCCAGUGGAGCUAUGCUGCUCCCCUGCCAACUGGAGUGAGCACUGCAGGUGCUUCAACUCUUAAUGGGAAAAUUUACUUGGUGGGUGGCUGGAAUGAAAUAGAAAAGAAAUAUAAGAAGUGCAUUCAGUGCUAUAAUCCAGAUCUUAAUGAAUGGACUGAGGAAGAUGAGUUGCCUGAAGCCACAGUAGGAGUAUCUUGUUGUACCAUUGCCAUGCCCAAUAACAAAACAAGGGAAUCCAGAGCUAGCUCAGUAUCUUCUGUGCCAGUCAGUAUUUAAACAUUAUAAUUAGGUUUCAUCAAGAAUAAAUAAAAAACUUUUAUUUACACAGCUGUGUAGUUAACCCUUUAAGUAGCCUUCUCUGCUUAUGUGGGGGCAGGAAAUUGCCAUUGUAAAAAUUUUAAUUUUACAAAACUGGCCAAUUUUCAUGAUCUUUAAAAUGCAUGGUGUGAAACAACAUCUUUAAGAUACAGUGAAUGUACUUAGUGGGAAUAUAAUGUUGUGCCACAGUUAGAACAGAGACUCAGUCCUAUCCCUAACUUUGCCACUGACUUGCUGUGUUACUUUUGGCAAAUCACUUAACUUCUCUCUUCCUCAGUUUCCUCAUCUGUAAAAUGGGGAUAAUAAUCAACUAAUGUUUUUAAAGUGCUUUGAGACUCUGGCAUAAGAGGCACUAGGGAACAGCCAAGGAUUAUUAUUAAUAAAUCUCCAUAUAUUAGUAAUAUACCAUGGCAUCAUAAACUUGGUCACUUUUGUUCUCUUUAUAGAUUUUAUAUAUGGCAAAAGAUAUUUAACAACAAUUUACUGCACAUAUCAAGUAUGAAAUAUAUAUUUUUCCCUCUAGGUAGUGAUGUCCACAAACAAGUCUUCAAAACUCUAUUUGAAAUUAGAAGGGAGGUUUCCUUACUGCAUUGUGAUUUACAAUGUAGACAUUUAAUUUUUAUAGGUAAGUUUGUGACAGGGAUUUCAAGAGCCAAACUGCACAAAUACAGAAGCUUAUCUCCAUUAUGGGCCAGUCCUGAGGGCCUUGCACAGCUCAGGGCACCAGGCUCCUCUAUCCUCCUCCACACACGCACAAGUGAGCCUACACCUCCAGAAGGGGAGAUUCCACCUCUGUUACAUACUCACUGGAAAUCACUUCAUGGGGACUUUGCAAUGUACAAGGUCAGCAGAGGUGGAAGGGGCAGGCCCAUCAAUAGUCCUGCUUCUACAGGUUCCGACCUGCAGAAGGAGAGGAACAUAUUAUAAGUUAAUACACCCCAAGACUAUCUUCUGUGCUAUAAAAGAAACCCACCCUAGAGGUAUCCAGAGCUGCCACCCUAUUGAGAAUCCCAGGAAGCAGAACUCCUGCUUGGAGCCAGCCGUAGAUGCUGGUGUCAAAAGCAGAGUGGAUACAAAAAUCAUCUUGUCUGCUCAGUCCAACAUUUUCCCAUUGGAUUAAGGAAUAAGGAUUGAGUAAAGGCCGCAGGAUUUGGCCCAGAGCACAGAUAUAGGUGGGGAAUAGUGAGUUGUAAGGUAAAACUCUGGAUUGAAAUGGAAUAGGUUUUCCAGACUAUUAAUGCUGGGAUGUUUUGAUGCCUCCAUUACCAGUCACAGACACAGUAUCCCCAAAACUAAGCUUUUCCUGGCCUUACCUUUGUGUAUCAUAGAAGUGUAGGAUUGGAAAGGACCUCAAUAGGUCAUCUAGUCCAGUCCCCUGAAUUUAAGGCAGGGCUAAGUAUUAACUAGAUCAUUCCUGACACAGCUACUUGUGUUGCCUGGAACACAGCUCUUUUUAUAAUGUGACUUUUUAUUGCAUUUUGCCAAAGUCUUAGGGUGAAAUCUUGGCCCUGUGGAAGUCAAUGGAAGUAUUGCCAUGGCCUUCAGUGGGGCCUGGAUUUCAUCCUUACUCUCUAAGAAUUGCUAUCUUGGUUGCAGCACUGUGCAUGGGCAAUUAAGCAUGCAACUGCUGCCAAUUUUCAUUGCCAAUGGGACAUGCACACCCAAUUUCCUCUGCAAUGUGCCUAGAAUUGACAUCUAAAGAUCUGUUAUUAAUAAAGAUUUAUACACCCUUCAGCUGGGAGCAAAUAAGCAAUUAAAUGAACUACAAUGAUUAGGUAAGAACUCACUCAAAACUGGAAGAACUCACUCUUGUACAGAUUCAUACAGCCUUCACAUACAAUUUUCUCUGAAUACAAUGAACACCUCAAGGGGGCAGUGUCCAUUAGAAGGCAAAGUCAACCAGAAAGCAAUGUUUACUGGUCACCCAAGUGCUUUACCCCAAUCACAAAGGGAAUCCUUUCAAACUAUCUGGAAAUGCAGGCAUUCUUUGGCCAAGCAUUUGCAGCACUCUCAUAACCUGAGCAUUCUUUGGCAAGUACAGUUAUAUAUUAAGCAUCGGCAAUUAACAUGAUAUUGUGUCAGAAAUCUGAGUUACAUAAAAGUGACUCAUCCAGUCAACUGGGAUUAAACAGAGUUUUGCAUAGUCCGGUUUUCCAUUUGGUCUAAUAUAGUUAAGGAUCAUGACUACAUUUUAAGUAAUUCCUAAUCCCCACAUUUUAUUUUUGAGUAUUGUGCAUUAUUAGGAUAUACUGCAUUGUACUGACUUACAGUCAGAAGUCUUAUUACAGUAGCGUUAUCACUGUGUCAGUAUUGUAUAUAAUUUAGUUUGGCUAAUGUAAUUUAAUUUAAUUUAAAUACAAUUACAUUUACACUUUAUAUUGUAUAAUUUAAAUAAAUAAUUCAGAUCUGUAGUGAUUUAAUCCAACAUAAUGUAAAAUUGAGUGAGUUUAAUUUCAUUUUAAUAGAAAAAUGCUGUUCUUGCCCCCUUCAAUCAGCAGUAACAUUAUUUGAUUAUUUUGCUCUUCUCAUAUAAGAUCUUGGACACACAUUCCACAUGAAACCAUUUAAGUGGCCCUUUGUAAAAUCUUUUUGUCUGCUACAAUAAUUCUCUGUAAAGACUACAGUUAUCCUUUUGUUAAAAGUGGGCAUUUAGCACCCACACCAAUGCAUAUAACACAGACAUCUAUGCACUCAUGUUAGACCUAGAGGUCUGCUAGGUAUUUCUAAAACACGUAUCAUCAUAGUAGCACCUAGGUGGUAAAUAACUAAAAAUACAAAUAAAUAAUAAUUUUGGUGUCAAAUUGUGUUUGGGAGAAAAUUGUGCCACGUGAAAAAAAAAUUCACUCUCUUUUUUCUUUUAAAAAAAAUGAGGAGUCCUUGUGGCACCUUAGAGACUAACAGAUUUAUUUAGGCAUAAGCUUUCGUGCGCUAGAACCCACGUAAUCAGAUGUAUGAAGUAAAAAAUACAGGCUAUUCUUUUAGAAUAUCGAUUCCAAAUUGAUGUACAAUAAAAUGUAGUCCAUUUUUGCAAAGUUCUCUCUCAUGAGCAGAUACCCCCUAUAAACAAACAAUGAUCUACUUUCAUUUUGCAAAUGAAGUUAUUUAGGAACUAUGGGCUAAGCGUACUGGAAUUACUUUUAUGCUACUUGAAGGGUUAACCAUUUGGGGCCAAAUCCUGUUAAUCUAGCUCACACAAUUUUGAAUAAAGUAAACAGGAUUUGGCCCGAUAAGGCAAAUUCUGUCAGAAUAUUGUACAUAGGCGCCUGACAAAAUAAUUCAUGCCCAGAAGAUGGAACCCUAUCUCAGUUCUUAGUCUGCUUCCACCCUACCCGCAUACCCCCCACAAAUCCAUAAGAAGUGUUCUGAGGCCUGGGUCAAAGGACAUUGUACCAUCUCCCCAACCCAGCUAUGGUCCUUACAUUUACCCCACCCUUGUUCAAAUUAUAUGUGCUUCAGGCCAGAAUAACCAGUACAUGGGUGGGUGUGCAGGGGCAGUUGUUAUCAGCAUAGGAGUACACUGUACUGCUACUUUUGCAGAGUGUAUAUCUACACCUGCUUAGAGUGCAACAGCACACUGAACCUGGAUUUGACUCUUAGCAUGUGAAGGCGUAAGGCUGAACUUAAUUUAAUCUUGAUUACACCAAGUAUCUAUUAGUGCUUGAAUUGUGACAUUUUUAUAUAAUAUUCAUUAGAACUGUGAAAAAUGGUUUGUACAUUACACAUGGAACAAUUUUCUAUCGUUAUCCUGUAUGGUAUUUUUGAUCCCAAAAUAUUUAAUAGUAACAGCUAGGUUGAAACUGGAAAUGUAUAUUCCUAAAAGGGAUUUUAAAGAAUGUAGUUUAGGAAACAGAGUAUAGGAUAAAAUUAUUAAGAAUAAUACAGAUGAUCUUCCAUCUGAAUAAAAUACAGAUUGUUAAAUUAACACAUCAGAAUUUGAAUUUGCUUUAAUACUAUAGAAAUAAAAAAAAAAGUAAUUAAAGUAACCAGAUGAAUUUGAAACUUCUCUCUGCCUAUGUACUUAUAGAGUUCACAUGACUAGUAUCUGUGUGCCUCCCAAGAAUUUAAAAAU